CGCGUGUUUCCUGAGGAGCUGGGUCUGUUUGGGCGUCUGACUCAGUACGAAGUGCGUCUGUCAAGGUUCUCUCAGACUUACAGUCAGUACGAAGUGAGUCUGUGUCAAGGUUCUUACAGUCAAUACGGAGUGCGUCUGUCUGUCUGUCUGUCAAGGUUCUCUCAGACUUACAGUCAAUACGAAGUACGUCUGUCUGUCUGUCAAGGUUCUCUCAGACUUACAGUCAAUACGGAGUGCGUCUGUCUGUCAAGGUUCUCUCAGACUUACAGUCAAUACGAAAAACUGCUGGACGGAUUACAAGAUAAAAGAGCACAGCCUAAUCCAGGUUUUUCUGAUCGUUUUCCUCUCUUCCAAGGCAUGGCGGGGUCUUCUUCAUUGUUGUUUCCCGACAUUAGAUCUGUCUUUAUGUGCAAAGUGUGCAACACAAUACUGACAGAAGGACGCAAAGUGUGCGACUCCAGUGAAGUGUUGGACCUGAUAGCGUUCCUGUCGGUUACUAAACAAGUACAGAAGGUAGUGCCGAUACGAUAUGAUGUAAGCCCAAGUCUGGAAGGUUGCGUUUAUAUCUACCUGAAAUGCGGAGUUUGCACAGCUAAAGUCGGCGUUCUUCUGAUUUGUGCAGUUGCAGAAGUCGCUCACCUAAGAAAUUUGUAUUGUCUCUUUAAAAAAUCCAUUCUGUGCUAUUCCAUGAAAACAAAAAAACUGCUGGAAGGAAGCCGGUUUUAUUUUAACGCUGGAAAUUGUGUGCGACAUCUUGAAGAACUGGAGAAGACGACGUUUGACACCUUCAGAUGUAUCCAGCAGUUUGCUGACACCGUACAGCUCCACAUACCAUUGCCUCUUGCUGAAGCGGAGUUAAAGAAAACCAAGGCUGUGAAAUAAAACAUUUUGGACCAUGA